CCCAGAACUGGCCUACCCCCCGCUGCCUCCCCGUCAUCCCCCUGCAGCCAGCCUUCCCAGAUCCCUUUGAACCAGCCACCCCAGGCUUCUUGGCAGCCCUGCCAGGCCACUUAUCUUCAGGUCUGCCAGGGGAGGUGGGGAGGAGGCUGGAGGAGAUCGUGCAGAGGCGGUCUGGGCUGGGACAGAACUUGGGGUGCUGAGCCUGUGACCAGCUGUGAGCAGAACCCAGCCAUGGCCAGCCCGGGGCUGCUGCUCCUGCUCUUACUGACGGCCCUGCCACUGCUGUGGUCCUCCUCGCUACCAGGACUGGACACUGCUGAAGCUAAGGCCACCAUCGCGGGCCUGAUCUUGUCUGCGCUGGAGAGAGCCACCGUCUUCCUAGAGCAGAGGCUGCCCGAAAUCAACCUGGAUGGCAUUGUAGGGGUCCGAGUGCUGGAAGAGCAGCUAACAAGCGUUCAGGAGAAGUGGGCCCAGGAGCCCCUGCUGCAGCCGCUGAGCCUUCGAGUGGGGGUGCUGAGGGAGAAGCUGGAGGCUGCCAUCCAGAGAUCCCUCCUCUACCUCAAGCUGAGUGACCCCAAGUACCUAAGAGAGUUCCUGCCGACCCUGCAGCCCGGGUUUUGGAAGCUCCCACAUGCCUGGACCCACACCAAUGCCUCCUUGGUCUACCCCAAGUUCGAGCCCCAGGACUCAUUCUCCGAGGAGAGCAGCGACAUGUGCCUGGUGCAGCUGCUGGGAACCGGGAUGGACAGCAGGCAGCCCUGUGGCCUCUCGGACCUCUGCAGGAGCCUCAUGACCAAGCCCGGCUGCUCAGGCUACUGCCUGUCCCACCAACUGCUCUUCUUCCUCUGGGCCAGAAUGAGAGGAUGCACACAGGGGCUGUUCCAGCAGAGCCAGGACUACAUCAGCCUCUUCUGUGCCAACAUGAUGGACUUGAACCGCAGAGCUGAGGCCAUCGGAUAUGCAUACCCAACCCGGGACAUCUUCAUGGAAAACAGGCAUCCUGUAUUUUACCUGCCACUGUGUGACAGCUUCCUGCCCCCAAAGGCUGCCCCAGUGAUGGAGCUCUACACAGAUGGACCAGUCAUGUUCUGUGGAAUGGGCGGCUUCUACGACUUCUACAAGCUCCAGUGGCUGGACGCCAUUCUCAGGUGGCAGAAACAGCGGGAAGGUUGCUUCGGGAAGCCUGAUGCUGAAAAUGAAGAAUUAUCAAAAGCUAUUCUUUAUCAGCAGCAUUUUUUGAGGAGAGUGAAGAGACGAGAAAAACAAUUUACAGAUGGCUGUUCCUCCCACAACACAGCCACAGCAGUGGCAGCCCUGGGUGGCUUCCUCUACAUCCUGGCUGAAUACCCCCCAGCAAACAGAGAGCUGCACCCAUCUACACCGUCACCACCAAGCAGCCGCUGACACAGGUGGUUCCAUGUCUGUUGCCUGGAGGAACAGACCCCUUUAGUCCUCCUCCCUUUGGCCCUGGAGGGCCUGGGUCACAUCCAGGGAAGGAUGCAUCUGGAGGAUAAGUAAAGCCACCCCGACGUCCCAGCUUGGGUUGUUUAGAAGCCUCAGUCAGCAGGUGGGGGCCGGGAGGGACCCGGGUGUGAGCAGAUGAAUAAAAUUAGACUGCAGCUGA